UCCACCAGGAUGCUAUCCUUCAACACAUUACCAAAGCUCUGUGUAUUAGUGGCCUUCGGGCUGUCUGCCACUGUCACUUCUGCAGAGGUAGUCCCGGAGCAACCCAAGAAGGAAUCGUUAGGCAGCGGAUUCUCCCGUAAGAAUGAAGAACCAUCUACUAAACCUGUGGAAGUAAAGGAAACAACAAAGAUUGAGACUCAGGAUCACAGUGAGACAACAGAACCACCCAAGUACUCUGUUGAGUGGUAUCUGUUGCCCAAGCCCGAAAGCAGAGCUGCCUUACGUUAUUUUUUGCCAACUGUUUUGGCCAACACUGUACCAAAAAACUGUAAUGAACCAAUAUUACCAGUUGUUGAAAAACGUAUUAGGAAGUGUAUCGCAUUGUAUGCCGUCGACUGGUAUUUGUUACCCAAGCCGGAAAAUAGAACCGCUCUACGCUAUAUGUUACCAUCUGAUUUGGCUGAAAAAGUACCAGACGAUUAUGAUGAACCAAUAGAUCCUGAGGUUGAAGAACUUAUUAGGAAAUAUUUCUCAAUUGAUGCAAAGAAAAUGUUUAACGGAAUCAUGUUCCUAUGAUUGUUCGACGGAAAUUUAAAUUAUUAGCGUAGAUGCAUGCU